UAAGCUUUUAUCUGGGUCGAAAAUGCAGACAGCCUAACAGAUAGGAUAUUGGAGUUUUUGUAAAGGUUUCCUAAAUAUGGGACUUUGUUUGCCCUGUCUCGGAGGACAAUCUGAUGAUUAUGAUCAGCCAUCACCAGAAACAAAGAGACGACAACAGGCAGCAGCAGCAGAGCAAAGACAGAAAGCUACUGAAGGAAGAGGACUUAAAGAUCCUGAAAAUGUGAAGAGAAAACAACAAAAGCGAGAAGAAGCUGAAAGGAAAGCUAAUUCACAGCCCCAAGGAGAAGGAGGAUUAAAGUGGCAGAUGGGAUAAGAUCUCCAAAGAAUGAAGAAGAGAAAAAAGGAGAAAUACCAGUAUUUCAUGUUAAAAGAGUGGAUAUCAAACUUGAGCUAUAAUACCUCAUAUAAGUGAAAUGUUGAGUUGUAUUUCAUUAUAACAUUGAAUUUUAAAGGUUUUAAUGCUAUGGAUAUUAACAUAUUACAUUGUUUUAUUAGCUCUUCAGCCAAACUGAAGGCAUGUGUGUUAUAUAAGUUUUCUUAUAUCAUGUUUAUACAAAAAUGUAUGUUAGGUGGUUUUUUUUGGUUAUUUUCCUAAAUUUUUCUGCCUUGAGUUAAAAAAGGUAAUGCCAUUUAAAUUUGGUCAAAAGUUAUCAAAAUUCCAAAUUUAAAUGUGAUGCCUAACUAUUGGGGAGCAUAAGACAUAGGAUAGACAUGCAUGGACUCUUAAUUUUCUUUUUGCCUAAAUGACCGUUUUGUUUUUAGACUUAAAAAUCCACAUUGCAAAAAAAACUUAUUAGUAAGAAUCUAAAAAUUCUAGUUUUCUUUUUAACUUGAGAGUGAGGUUAGAAUUUUUACCCCUAUUGAAGGCCUGAAAAUGAUUUUGUGAUGAAGAACAGCAAUAAAAGAAAAGGAUUUUUGCAUAUAAAUGUAUAUGUGUGUUGUGAUUUGUGUCAUUGUUUUAAGUUACCAUGGUUACAGAAAACAUCAAUCAGAUAUUUGAUUUUUAUGUGUAAAGAUGAAAACUGCUGAUGUGAAGACUUAAAUUCAUCUCCAUAUCUUCUACAUGUACUCAAGAUUCUAAAUAAUUUGCAAUGCUGAUAUGUUAUUUUAAUUAUGAGGGUUGUCAGAUUUCAGAUUUGGCUUCUGACCUACAGUAUAUCAUGAUUAUAUGUGUAUAAAAGAUCGAUAUAGGAUAUUUAAAAAAAAAAAAAAAAAAUGGGGUAUUUUUCUAUUGAAAAUUUGUGAUAAAAAGAUGUGAAAAGUAAGUGCUUUAAAAUACUAAAUUAUGAUGAGAUCAAACAUGAAUUAGGAUAAUGAUGACUACAAAAUCUGAUGGUUCAGUGAAAAUUUGGUGGUCCUGUUUUGAAAGAAAAUGUGUGCUAUUUAUUAGAUUUUGUAUUUCCAUACAUGUAGGGAUAAAAAAGAUUAAAUGCCAAUUUGCACAAUAACAACAUGGUUCCUUUUAAAAAAUAAUUAUACACAUUGUAAUCAGGUUCUGUACUUAAAAGAUGUAAUGUUACCACAACUUUUGAGCUACACAUCAUGACAACUAUUACACUCAAAAUAGUGGACCUUCUCAAUUUUUGGUGGUGAAUACAUUUGUACAGACAGGACAACUAGCCACCCUAUAAAUAUUUACAUCCUUUGUUUUUUUGGUGGAGGAUGGUCUCAUAACAGAUCAUAGCACAUCUUUUUGAAUUUUUCUGUUAAACAAUUUUAAUCACAAUAUGAGCAAUUGUGUACUUCAGUUUUAAUUGUAUGUAUAUUUAUAUGUAAGGCAGCCUAAAGAAAAAUCUAAAUCUAAAAAAAUAUAUAAGUAAAUAAAAAUGAUAAAAAUUGAAAUUUGUAAAAUAUAUUUUUUUUUUACAUUUGUUUAUACACAAUAUUACAUGAAUUUAUGUGAUACUGAUGUUAAAAACUAUUUUGGAAUUUGACCGCACAAGUAAUACAAAUAAAGGGGAGAUUGGCCAUAUAUACUUCUUUGAUCAAAUAAUCUUAUGUUCUAUGUGACAAACUGUUUCCUUUUUCUAUAAAAUCUAUAACAAAGACUUAUAGGACAGAGAUAUUUAUUUUUAAUUGUUUUGCUUUACAGUCAUUUGUGUGACACUUAUUGAUUUUGAAUAUUUAUUUGUUACUAAAAUUAUCUAUUAUAUUUACAUGUAUAUUGUCUUAUUCUUUAUAUUAAAGUUGACUUUAAAGACCAA